AUGAUGAUCAACGGCGCCGUCGAGGUGAUCACGGCGUCCAUCGUCGCCGGGCUCACGCAGCACGCGGCGCUGCACCCGCUCGACACGCUCAAGGUGCGGCUGCAGUACAGCAAGGGCGUGCCCAUGUCGACGUCGGUGCGCGGCGCGCUGGGCGACGCGCUGCGCGACCUCGAGCUGCCGCCGGGCACGACGAAGGCCGCGCGGCCGCAGCCGCCGAAGGAGAGUAGACUGUGGCGCGCGCCGCUCGUCGUCGACCUCGUCGGGGCGACGCGCCUCCUGCGCCGGACGCCGCUGAAGUCGCUCUACGCGGGCCUCGUGCCGAGUUUGGUCGCGGUCGUGCCGACGGCCGUGGUCUACAUGCCGGUCUACGAGGCCGCCGCGGCGGUCUUCGGCGGCGUGCUGCCGACGCCCAUUGUCGCGCCGGCGGCGGGCGUCGCGACGGGCGUGGCCUGCUCGCUCGUGCGCGUGCCGCUCUCCGUCGCGAAGAGCCGCGUCCAGCUCGGCCUCGCGCCGUCGGCCGGCGCGGCGCUGCGGCAGGCCUACGCGACGGGCGGCGCGGCGGCGCUCUACACGGGCUUCGGCGCGACGCUGGCCCUCGACGUCGCCGUCGCCGUCGUCCAGUUCACGGCGCUCGACGCGGGCCGGCGCCACCUCGACAUCAAGAACUCGGCGGCGCUGGGCUUCAUGGCCUCGGCGCUCUCGACGGCCUGCACGGAGCCCGUCGACGUCGUCCGCACGCGCAUCAUGGCGCAGCUCCGCCGCGGCGACGGCGCCAAGGCCAAGGGCACGGACUUCAACUACACGUCGCUCGCGGACGGGCUCCGCAAGGCCGCGGCCGAGGAGGGAUUAGUGGCGCUCUACCGAGGACUUCUCCCGCGGCUCCUGCUCAAGAGCGUCGGCGGCGCGAUCUGGUACUCCACCUACGUGUCCUGCCGCGCGGCCCUCGGCGCGCCCGUCGCGGCCCACAAAUAG